UGCUCGCCACGCCGUGCCCCCCGCCAUGGUGUCCUGGAUCAUCUCCAGGCUGGUGGUGCUCCUGUUCGGCACCCUCUAUCCUGCGUAUUAUUCUUACAAGGCAGUAAAGUCCAAGGACAUUAAAGAAUAUGUAAAAUGGAUGAUGUACUGGAUUAUAUUUGCACUUUUUACAACAGCAGAGACAUUCACGGAUAUCUUUCUUUGCUGGUUCCCCUUCUAUUAUGAACUAAAAAUAGCCUUCGUGGCCUGGUUGCUGUCUCCUUACACAAAGGGCUCCAGCCUCCUCUACAGGAAGUUUGUGCAUCCUACGCUGUCAUCAAAAGAAAAGGAAAUUGAUGACUGCCUGGUCCAAGCCAAAGACCGGAGCUACGAUGCCCUUGUGCACUUUGGGAAGCGGGGGCUGAACGUUGCGGCCACAGCAGCAGUGAUGGCUGCUUCCAAGGGACAAGGUGCCUUAUCUGAGAGGCUCCGGAGCUUCAGCAUGCAAGACCUCACUACCAUCCGCGGUGAUGGGGCCCCCGUCCCCUCUAGCCCACCUCCCUCAGCAACUGUGCGGACCAGCAGCAAACACGGCCAGCCCAAAAUGUCCAGAAGCGCGUCUGAAAGUGCUGGCAGUUCAGGCACCGCCUAGGAUCCUCCGAUCUCGCUUCAGGAAGAAAUGUACCUCAUCCCCUGCCACUGAAACCAUGUGAGUGAGAUGAGCCAGCAGCACCGGGAUCCACAGCACGCCUCUUCUCUGCCUUAAAGAGCUAUUCACUUAAUAACAUAGAAAUCUGGGAGCUGGGUGUGCUUUGAGUGGGCAGCAUUGUAGUCAUGGCCUUCUCUCUCUCUCUCUCUCUCUCUCUCUCUCUGUGUCUCUCUUCUCUUCUCUUCCUCUUUUUUUAAAAUUAAUUUUCAUGGGAGAAGGGGCUAAGGGUGGGAUAACAGGGAAUAACCUCUAAGUCCCUAAGGUUGGGAGUAUUCACAGCUCAGUAAUCAUUUACUUGAGAAAAAAGCAUCAUUGAGGAAGUCAUCUCUGCUGUGUUUCUGAAAUACAGAAAUGUUUGGGGUAUAAGUUUGUAAUUUAUCAGUUGUUUACCUAGUUUUUAUUCCCAUAAAUGCAAAUGGUAGUAUUUAAAACCAAAUAUCCUCCCCCCCAUAAGAAUACUUUGGAUCAUCAUGUAUUUUAUAUUUUAUGGUAUUUUUGGUUAAAAUAAAUAGACUUCCAGUGGCCAAAAAUGGCUCACAGUUAGUAAAGAGACUGAAUGAAAAAAGCAAGUUUGUUUGUUUUUUAAAUUAACAAACCCAACAACAUGCUUGUUCCUAUGUAGAAUUUGUAAAAGCUUCCAGGUACAGCUCAGGGGGGUGACUGGCAAGUAUUUCACUACAUGAGUGAGGACAGAAAAAAUAGAGAUGGAAUGAAGAGAGAUCAGGUGGUCCCUCCUCUCUGCAGUUUUUCUUUUCCAUUCCCAGUGAGCCUUAGGGUUUCCCAGAUGUCCCGCUGAGAUGUAACUGUGAGCUGAACACCAUGCAAUAAGGAAAGUGUGAAAAGAGGCAUGGUCUGCGUUGGAUUCAGGGCUAGGACCUUGAGAAUCAUGCUUGAUCUGACCACAGGCAGGACCCUUCACCUUGCAAAGCUUCUUGAGGGUGUGACCAUGCACCUACCUCGUAGGGAUGUCAGAUGGACUCCCGGACAGAAGGAGCCUAGCAGAUGAGAAACUCUAGGUAACAGUAAGGAUUCCCCAUCAUCUUCCCUGCAUUGACUCAUGCUGAAACCAUUCUCACCAGACAAAGAUGGGAGGGGUGAAAAACCUUGUGUCACAACAGCUCACGAAAUCAGUAUCAUGUGAAAAGAAGCUAGAAUCAUAUCUCUUACUUUUAAGAGAGGCUUUCCAAUACAUCCUAGACAUGUUUGCAAUUAUCUGUGAUAACAGGAGCAGGAAAGAUUUGGGGAGAGUUCUAGUGGCAAAACUCGGUCCUAGAAAACACGAUUUAUGUGUGGCUUCCCAUUGAAUUCUAAAUAUUGCUCUCAUCUGUGCAUGGUAGCUUUUAAGACACACUUCCCAUGAACUUAUGAACUCACCCCAUGGGAAAAGAGUCAAGUCCAGACUCACCAUAUAGAAUUGAGAGCCUAAUUUUUUUUUUCCUAAAAAGGAGAAUCUGGGUUAGAUUUCAUUUUAGUCUAAGUGUUAGGAUAGUGUUUUCAUCCCUAGAUUAGGAAAGAAGAAGGAGAAGCUAUAUUGAGUAUUUGUGCUUUCGAGAUGUGAGUGUUUUCUGCAUGCAGUGUUCACAAAGCAGUUAAUCAAUCCCUUAGCUCUGACUGUGUUGACCCUUCAUCUGUCCCGUAGGCUAGAAAACACGUGUUACUACUAUGUACCACAUAAGACUUGCUGUCAACUGAAAUAUAUAACCAGGCUCUAUUAAAGAUUGUUCCAUUAUUAACAUAGUUAAGGUGCAGCAGGGGGUCUGGGGGAUGGUGAACCAGCUGGAUUUCAGCAGGCUCAGAAACUGUCUUCCAGUGUCAGUCCCUUUGGGUCUUUACAAGUGAUUUUAUAGCAUUCUUAAAAACAAAACAAAACAAACAAAAUUAAAAACCCACUUCUAAAUGAGUUAAGAGAAAACCCUGAGCACUAUUGGUUAAAAAAAAAAAAGAGGGCAAAGCAUUUUCCCCUUGUCACAAUACUUCCACAUGUUACUGGAAAGAAAAGUGAUUUCCCUCAAAUAUACCUCAAAUGCAGGUUAUUAAUAGAAACUCUAUGGUUUAGAAAGAUAUUUACCUUUUAGGUAGCAACUAGGAAAUAUUCAGAAUCAUUGAAUGUGCCCAGAAAAAAACUGAGGAGCCCAGCUUGCAUGCUUAAGUUAUGCAAUUUUUUUCUUUUUGCAAAAAAAUCCCCCCCAAAAACAAAACAACAAAAAAAAACUUUAGCAGAAAUUAAAAUCCUACUGUGAGCGAGCUUUUUUUUUUCCUCACUAUUAUGCAACAGGAAAUUUUGACAAGUAGAAGCUGACAAAUUUGCACUCAAUUAUGCCAAAAAAAAUGUUUGAAGAACUCUCAGAUAUGCUGUAUUACUAUUCAUUCUAGGUAAAAAUAAGAAAAGGUGUCCAAGCUGCUGUCUUAAUGUAAACUUGACUGUUUCAAUUUUCCUUCAAGUGUUAAUAAGGGGAGUUGGUUUCUCUCUCAGACAUUCACUGUACAACUGAGAAGUUUUCAUAUCUCUGGCAAAAUGUGUAUUUAUCCAACAAGCUGUAUAUUUGUGUAUAGACUGACAUGAAAUGUGAAUGCUUCCAAAUGUACGCUUAGUGCUGUGCUCUGUCCACAAAAUAAGACAAUGUUUUUAAUUUGCUUAAUUACAGACACAGGUUGUUUACAAAAUGCUAGCUCAAACGUCUGUAAUGGUUAUGUAUUGACUUAUAUUUUUUCAUAGCCCUUGGGCACAUGUAUUAUU